UUUGACAUUCCCACUUCUCCUCUUUGCUUGUCCACGCUCCAGCCCACUCCUGACGCAGUAGAAACAUGGCUGCCUGGCGCAGAGGUCAAGAAGCGCCUAUGCAAUGGGAGUUCACCAGCUCACCAACCAACAACAACAGCGCCGCCGAGGCAUCGACAUCCAUUGCUGCGCAGCAAGACGUUCCCAUUGAGGACGAAUCGAUGAGAGACGCGAGCAUGCUCAGCCCUCACGACGAUGAGCAGGACCAGCAGCCCGUGAGAAGCCCUAGUCCCACUCCAGCACAAGCCAUAAUCAAGCGCAAUCGCAAUCGACGGGGAUCGUCCUCCUCCAUUCAGUCAAUAUCCCGCAACGAUGACCGGCCGUCCUCUUCCUCCUCAUUGUCUCACCCGCAGCAGCAGCACCAACAACAAUGGCCCCUCGCGCCUGUCGUGGGGACGGUCAUCAAUUAUCUCGUACCGCCAUUACCACCGCAAAAGGAAGCAUCAUCGACAGAUAGCGCCCUCACCCAGCCUGUUCCCUCCCGCCGCUCUCGCACCACCUCUCAGGUGGAGCGAGCCCACUCGACGCUGCAUCCACGGGAAAAGCCUCUUCUCCUCCUCUCCUACUUCCAGUUGACAUUCAACGCCUCCCUCCUCCUCCUGGCAGGGUACAUCGUAUUUGCCUUGGUCUACACGAUCAGGCUCGACGUGACGGAAAGGCUCAGCGAGAUUGAGGAGAGCUAUCAUGCGAGCUUGGCUACCUGUCGGAGGAGCUUCGAGCUCAACUGUUUGAGCGUGCCUCUCCCUCCGGCGUUGAUACAGGCGUGCGAAGGAUGGGAGCAGUGUGCGAACAAGAGGCUGACGGACGUGCUUGGUGGGAGUAGGCUGAGAGUAGUAAUCGAAGUGCUCAGUGAGGCUUGGGAGGCGGGCGUGGCCGGGCUAGGAUGGAGAACACUGGCUUUUUCACUCCUCGUGCUCUCCCUCGUCAUUGGUGGGACCAAUAGCACGCUCAACAGCUGGAGGCUGGGAGUGAUGAAGAAAAGCAGGAGGGAACGCAAGGAGGGGGGCAAGAGACGGCAGCAGGUGGCCGAUGGCAGUGAUGACGACGACAGCUUUGUCGCUCCCUCGGGCUCGUCAACAGCCACACCAGCGCUACAGCUACCCCCGCCACCCUCCAUGCCCGCAUAUCCGGCCUCCUUCCCCACCUCACCGAACGGAAUGCACCCUGCCUAUCACCACCAGCAAUACCUCGCAGCCCAGCACUACCAGCAGUUCGGCUCGCCAAAUCCGUACGCGCAGCAGCAGUACAUGGCGCCGCCAGGGAUGAGCUACUCCCCGCCUAGCAGCCCACUACGCAAGCAACCGAGUAAUGUUAGCCUACGAAGCGACGCAGGAAGCGCGGGGAGUGGUGGAAGCGAUGGUGGUCGGAAGAAGGGCAAGAGAAAGACGGGAUGGAUGGCCGGCAUGCUUGGACGAAAGGGGAGCAAUGCGGCGAAGGCGAGAAGAGCUAGGCUGGCGGGGGCAGCGGCUGCUUCGCUGGGCCCGCCUGCUGGGCAAAGCAGUGGCGGGGAGUGGGUUGAUGAGUAGCCGCCGAGAGGACUUGUAUUUUACUACGGACAAGAAGGAAUUCAUGGAAUUCUCGAACAGGAAUUGAAGAUAACAAUGAUGGAGCGU